AUGGUCAAGAGCAAAAACAGUUGUGUCGAGAUCACCAACAAGGACGAUCUCUGCUGCGCACGGGCCCUGGUGACGGCCAGAGCCUACCAACACAAAGAUCAAAGUAGUCUUCAGAUGAGCAAGUACACGACCAUCCGGCAGGGGCGGGAUCUCCAAAAGACCAAAGCCCGCGAAUUGCAUCGAUUGGCCAAAGUGCCCGAAGGGCCUUGCGGGUUGCCCGAAAUACGCGACUUCGAAAAAGUGUUGCCCGAUUACCAAGUGAUCGUGGUCUCGGCCGAUCACGGGAAUGCCAUCGUGCAUUGCGGCCCGACCGCCCUGCACCAACUCAUCUCUUGGCCCACCAGGGACAUUACGACGUCAUCACCAAAUUGAACGCGUAUUUUGGUGUGAACUACUUUUGCUUACGGUGCCGCAAGGGGUACAAGACCCGGGACUUUCGGCAUCAUCCGUGUCCCGGUUUCAAGUGUUACUGUUGCCAACAAACGGACUGCUCGGACUUUGCCACCCACCCUGUCCGAGACGCCGCCACCGAACUGUGCCCCCAUUGCCAUCGCCGUUUCUUUGGCCCUCGGUGCCUCGAACUGCACACCAUCCGUUCUCCCAGCGGCCAAAGAGUCCACCCGCUGACCUUCGACAACGUGUGUGCCCAACUACGGUGUUGCGGGCAUUGCGGACGCACCUUCAAGAGCUAUCAGGCCUUUCUCAGUCACGUGUGCGGCUAUCAACCGUGCUACAAUUGCGGGCACACGGUGGACGUGUGGGACCACAAAUGUUUCAUCCAGAACGUGCCCAAUCGUCGAGUCCCCAAACGAAAACACCCCACCAGCAGCACCGCCGCCGCCGCCGACCAGCCGGGACCCGUGCCCGAGGAGCAGGCCGUCGUCAAAAUCUUUUUCGAUUGCGAGUGCAUGCAGGAAGGCGGGGAGGCGCAUCGCGUGAACCUGGUGUGCGCCGAAACCAGUCUGAACGACCAACGCUACCAGUUCCCGUCCAUGCAAGACUUCAUGACCUGGGUGUGGCACCUGAGAGUGACGGACCCCGGACGCCGCCCGUUUGUGCUGAUCGCGCAUAAUUUCCAAGGCUACGACGGUUACCUGUUGCUCGAGGAACUGUACCGACAAGCGGUGGUGCCUUCGCAGAUCGUCAACGGGGCCAAACUCCUGAGCGUCGCCAUUCCCGGGGGCAUCAAGUUCAUCGACAGUUUGAACUUUUUUCCCAUGGCCCUGGCCUCGUUCCCUUAG